AUGGAGAUAUCUUCAACACCAGUACUAAUUCCAAUGGAAUCGAUCAUUAAUCAAGAUCAGGCUCGAGGAAGAAGAAAAGGAGGUCUAAUGACUGUUCCCUUUGUCAUAGCUAAUGAAGCAUUUGAGAAGGUAGCUAGUAUUGGGCUUCAUGCAAACAUGAUAUUGUACCUAACAAAUGAGUAUCACUUGAGCAAUGCAUAUGGGAUGAGCAUAAUGUUCUUGUGGAAUGCCAUCUCCAACUUCAUGCCUGCCUUUGGGGCUUUGCUUUCUGAUUCUUACUUUGGUCGUUUUCAUAUCAUUGCACUUGGAACCCUAGUUACUUCAUUGGGAUUAAUUAUGCUAUGGUUCACAGCCUUAUUUAAAGAAGCAAGACCACCACCUUGUAACAAGAACAUUAAUAGCAAUAACUGCAUGAUGCCAGAUGCAGCUCAACUUUCACUACUCUUCUCAUCAUUUGCUUUAAUCUCCAUUGGAGCUGGCUGCAUUCGCCCUUGUUCUAUGGCAUUUGGAGCAGAUCAAUUCAACAAACAAGAAAACCCGAAGAAUGAGAGAGUUCUCCAAAGCUUCUUCAAUUGGUACUAUGCAUCAGUUGGGAUCUCAAUAUUGUUUUCGGUCACAGUCAUUGUCUACAUCCAGACGAAAUUUGGUUGGGCUAUUGGAUUUGGCGUCACGGUUGGGCUGUCGAUAUUAUCUACCAUUGUGUUCUUAUUAGGCUCUUCCCUUUAUGUGAAGGUGAAAGCCAACAAGAACAUGAUCAAAGGCUUUGUUCGUGUCAUCCAUGGCGCCAUGAAUAAUAAGGAUAUUCCUUUUCCACCUAAAGAGUCUAGUAAUAUGGAAAUAUGGUAUCAUCACAAGAAGGAUUCUUUGUUUUCUACUCCAACACAAAAACUAAGAUUUUUGAACAAAGCGUGUCUUAUAAGAUAUCCAGAAAAGGAGUACUUGAACUCUGAUGGCACACCAAACAAUUCAAGCCUAUGCACAGUCCAAGAAGUGGAAGAGCUAAAAGCACUUAUCAAAGUCCUCCCCAUUUGGUCAACAGGCAUCAUGAUGGCUGUAUCCAUGAACCUCUACUCCUUUUUGGUCCUUCAAGCCAACACAAUGGACAGACAUUUCAUCAAGAACAUUAAUAUACAAAUCCCACCCGGCUCAUUUGGCGCAUUCGGAAUCCUCACAAUGAUCAUAUGGGUAGCCAUUUACGACUGUGUCCUUGUCCAACGCAUCUCGAAAGUCACCAAACGUAGUCGAGGCCUAAGUUUGAAGCAAAGGAUGGGAACCGGUCUUCUCCUAUCAUGCAUUGCCUUAGCCAUCUCCGCCCUCGUGGAAAAGGAAAGGCGGUUAAGGGCAAUAAGGGAAGGAUUUGGUGACAAUCCGAAGGCGGUAGUGUAUAUGUCUGCGAUGUGGUUGGUGCCUCAACAAUGCCUAUCCGGGUUAGCCGAGGGUUUGAACAUAAUUGGGCAGAUUGAAUUUUACUAUUCUCAGCUACCAAAAAACAUGGCAAGUAUUGGGGUGGCAUUAUUUUCAGUUGGAAUGGCAAUUGGGAAUUUAGUGGGGAUUCUUAUAGUUGGGAUUGUGGAUAAUGUGACAAAAAGAGGUGGGAAAGUGAGUUGGAUAUCUAAUAAUUUAAAUAGGGGGCAUUAUGAUUAUUACUAUUGGAUUAUUACACUUUUGAGUGUGGUCAAUUUUUUCUAUUAUCUAUUGUGUAGUUGGGCUUAUGGAAGUGAGGAAGGGGGUAGUGUUUGGGAUAUUGAGGAAAAUGAGAAAGAAAAUAAGGACUUAAUAGUAUUGGAUAGCUAA